AUGGCAGAAGCGGCAUUUUCCGAAGACGGAAAAUAUUAUGCUGCCAUAACUCAGGAUGGCCGACUAAGAAUUUGGGAUACAGAAACUAAUGUCCUUAAACAAGAAUACACACCGGACCUACAUUUAACUGCUCCACCUUCAUGUUUACAAUGGAUAAAUGUAAGACAAUCAGUCACUCCACAAAAAGGCGGUAGAAGAAAAUCAAUCAGUGAACAAGAAAGCCAGAUAAUAGCAUUAGGAACAAGCAGCGGAAAGAUCCUACUAUACUCUAUUGCUGAAGCUAAGGUUGAAACAGUGCUAACCGACCAGAAGGGCAGUGAAUUGCACAGUAAUAAAGUCAAAACCUUAGAGUGGCAUAGGAAGUACGGCUUGUACAGUUGCACUGGGAAUAAUGUGGUGCUUGAAUGGGACUUAGGGAGUGCAUCUGUUAGAUAUAAGUACAAUAUAAAUGUUGAGAAGAGAAAUAAACAACUAAGUGGUGUCAGUGCUAUUAAAAUUAUUCCUCAUAGUCAGAAAUCUUCAUCAAGAUAUUUAGUAGUAGCAUCAUGGCAACUCCGAAUAUGGCGUUUACAAGAUGGUCAUGCAACAUUAAUAAGCAAUCUAGGACACAAUGCAGCACCCCGUGCUUUACUUGCACUUGCAACAUUAGGGAAUACAUGCUGGCUUAUAGAGGGCUCACAGAAUGAACGCCUGCUGUCCUUUUGGGAUGUAACAGUCACGGAUGAAGCACCGUCCCAAAUCAAUGGCGAUGAACCCACCCCCAACAAGAGGCAACGGAGGAAAUCCACCAGCAGCGCACCACUAAUACCCACGCCCACGUACAACUUCGUUCUGGAAGAUGCACCUAAGCUGCUUGACGUUAAAGUGGAGGCUGAGGAGUCUGGUUCAAAACUACAGCUGGUUGCCGCCACGAGGAGUGGUGUUGUACAUUUCUACGGGCAUAUGUUGAAUGGCGCAUCAACCAAACCCAUCAAGCCUUCGGUGACAGUGCAAGUGACGACGUCAGACGCCACUCCGCUGCCACUCCAAUGCUGCAGGCUCGCAGCCACUGGGGACCUCCUGCUUGGAUACACAAGUGGUACAUCACUGUUGUUUGAGAGAGUUGCGCCGGAUUUAAGCACAAAAACCCAAGUGCUUAUCCGUGGAGACACUAAGCAAAGCAAGAAGAAGGCCAAACAGACGAGCGAGGUCAACAAAACGCAGUCGGACCAGAAGAGCAAUGACGUCACGUACGUCGAACCUAUGGGAGGGGUCACUAGGAAGCGACCAACGCCGGGCGGGCAGGUUGAAGUGUCUAUGGAGGCGAGAUUGGCCAAUCUAGCGCUGGACGUGAAGGACAGAGCCAAGUCGGCCGUCAGCCAGAACCUAACCAAACUGCUAAUGCAAGGUCUACAUUCCAAGGACCAAGGAAUAAUACUGACAGUUCUCCAAAAAGAUGAUCCCGGUGUAGCAUCAAGGACAGUGUCAUACCUGCCAGCGGACUAUGUUCCUUUGCUCCUGGAUCAGUUGGCAGAUAUGGCAACGAGAAGGACCAGCCAAUGCGCGUCGGUGUGCACGUGGCUGAGCGCGACCUUGAGAGCGCACGCCGCCCUACUCCUCGCCACCACACCCCAACGACUCACUCACCUGCUCGCUGUGCUCACUCACAGGCGGUCUCACCUGUGCCAACUGCUGAAUCUGCGCGGCCGCUUGCAGCUGGCAACCGCACAGAGAGCGGCAAGCAGCGAGGCACCCAAUGAGCCACUCAUGCACUACAAUGAUACCUCAUCGGACGAGGAGAUGGAGGCGGAAGGUUACCAGUCCGGGGACAGCGCCCCCUCGUGGGAGGAGGGCGCGGAGGAGGAGGGGCAGUCGGAGAGCAGCGCCGAGGAAGAGUCAGAC